UCUCCCCCCCCGUUCUCUCUCUCUCUCUCUCUCUCUCUCUCUCUCUCUCCUCCAUGAACGAAUGUGAUUACAUUUUACGUUUUUCGAUCCAAGCUCCAACAAAACCAUUAAUGGCGAAUCCCUCACCUUAUCUCCCUCGCCAUUUUCAUCAUCGUCAUCAUCAUCAUCAUACUCAUCAAUCCAUGUAGUAGCAAUCCUCACCAUCAUCAUCAUCACGAGAAGAAAAAAAAGCAUAUACAUACGUACAUACGUAUAAUGUACAAGGGCCUUCGCCUCGCCAAGGCCCAUCUCCACCACCAAUCGCCAUCGCCGCCGCCGCCUCCUCCGCCGCCGCCGCCACCGCCGGUGACCGCCUCCGCCCGGCGCCGCCUCCACAUCUUCGCGCCCAUGUCCGUCGCACCCGCCGCCGACGACGCCGCCUCCACCUCCACCUCCUCCUCCGGCGAGGAGCCGCCGCACCCGACGGCGAGGAAUCGGAGGAAGCAGGGGGAGGCCAUCGCCAAGGGGCACAAGAACUACGAGCUCAUGCUCAAUCUCCAGCUCGGGAUUAGGCAUUCUGUCGGAAAACAGCAUCCGGUUACGCUUGAUCUGAAGGCGUCAGCUUUCAAUCCCAAGGAGAAGGUAUGGACGAGGUUUCCUCCCGAAGGGACAAAAUAUACGCCUCCUCACCAAUCUUGUGAUUUUCGGUGGAAGGAUUACUGCCCGGUGGUGUUUAGGACACUUCGCAAGCUGUUCAAGGUUGACGCAGCUGAUUAUAUGAUGUCCCUAUGUGGAAAUGAUGCCCUAAGGGAAUUCUCCUCUCCUGGGAAGAGCGGAAGCUUCUUUUACCUCACAAAUGACGAUCGGUAUAUGAUUAAGACGAUGAAAAAGUCCGAAGUAAAGGUGCUUCUCAGGAUGCUUCCAGCCUAUUAUAAUCAUGUUCGCGCCUGUGAGGAUAUGUUGGUGACCAAGUUUUUUGGUUUGCACUGCGUCAAAUUAACGGGGGCGAAUCAAAAGAAGGUUCGGUUUGUUAUAAUGGGGAAUCUAUUCAGCUCCAAGUAUCCGAUCCACAGGCGUUUCGAUCUAAAAGGAUCUUCGCAUGGUCGUAUGAUUGGCAAACCAGAGGCAGAUAUCGAUGAGUACACAACUCUAAAAGACCUCGAUCUUAACUUUAUUUUUCGAUUGCAAAAAUCUUGGUUCGAAGAUUUUCAAAAAUGCUAUUCAUACAGGCAAGUAGACCGCGAUUGCGAGUUUCUGGAGCAGGAGAGAAUCAUGGAUUACAGCCUCUUGGUCGGCGUACAUUUUAGAGAUACGAGAGAUAAGCAUUUUACCACUGAAGGUGCUUGCGACGCUGAUAACUCGAGACAUACAACACCACGCCUUUCAAGAGAUGACAUCAAUAAGUUUAUUUAUGAUCCAAAUAGGUGGGCUCCUAUCAGACUAGGCGCGAACAUGCCAGCUCGGGCUGAACUUACUGUUAGGAGGAGUGACUGCGAUUUCCAGCAAAUCGGAGAACCAACAGGAGAAUUCUAUGAUGUUGUGUUAUAUUUCGGGAUAAUAGACAUACUACAAGAUUACGACAUCACCAAAAAACUCGAGCAUGCAUACAAGUCUAUUCAGUACGACCCGACAUCAAUAUCAGCCGUCGAUCCGAAGCAAUAUGCCAAGCGCUUCCGCGAUUUCAUAUACAAAGCUUUCGCGGAAGACAUUUGAGAUGUACCAUAAAUUGCAAGCCCUGAAGAAACUUGUAAGUUGAUUUGAAUUUAAGAAAAGCUCCAGCUAAAAGUUCUAAAUUACACCUUUGGCUAUCAGCUUCAAUGUUGUCGAUGCGUCAUAGGAUGUUCUGAAGCUGCUCGAGGUCUUCUCAUAACACUGCAAAAUCAUUUUUCUCGCCCCUCUCUCCCUCCCUAAAUAUGUAUACAUAUAUUCAGUAAUACUUACAAUUCAUUACCAGAUUUUUUUUGUUUCAAUGUAGGUAGUAAAUUACAUUUUUCUUUUCUCUUUCGCGAGGUACAGAUAGAAAAUUGUAAAUGAUUCGGUCGAGAGUAACAUGUAUAAGCAUACCAUUCUUGUUGUAACCAAUUUUGUUGUUCUCAGAAGCUCAAGAAGAGAUUUUCUGGGAUCUUGUUACAAGAUGAAAAACAAUACUGCUGCAAUUUUACAUAACUUCUAAUUAAGGCCGAGUCUUAGUCUC